GAACUUCUGCAGCAGACUUUCCAGGGCUUGCCCCAGAGUUUGUCAGAGAGCAGAUGAAGGGUGGUGUGGGGAGAGAGAGCGCGAGAGCAUUCUGUGUAUUCCACUGUUUAAUGUUUUCUCACAGCCUUUCCAGCUCGAAGAGAGAAGAGUGCUGCCAGACACCCGUAUCAGCUGAAACUUAUUAGUCUCUACUGGAAGACUGUAAUUUAUAAAAAAAAAAAAAAAACAUCCACGAUUUAGUACACACAAGUUUACUGACAAGCACGCACCCAGGCAAAGACAGAUGUAUCUCUGUGAGAGUUCUGUUUUUAAUUUCUGAGAUGUCAAAGUAGUUUAUGUGCCUGCGAAAGAGGGUGUGAUAUCAACCCAUUUUUUAAAGUGACGACGAAUUACAUUUUCAUUAUAUUUGUUUGUAUUUUGCGUUUGCUGCUCUUCUGCCGGUGUCCACCAGACCUCCAUCUCUACCCACAGAGACAAAAAACUGAUAGUCACUGACAGUAACUUUCCAAAGAGGGGGAAGACCCAACAGCAAACAUUUAUUUACAGACAAGCCUUAUUUACAUAACUAUAUGAGCCAAUUUGUUCAGACAGACAGACCCAAGCAAUAGUAUGACACCCAGAUAGGCAGUCACAUUGAAUCAAAGUUAGACUGAAGCCUCCUGCAAAAUAAGACGGCCAGGUAGACAUUGGUCUUAAGUCUAGAAAACACAAGAAGUUACUCUGAAGUUCACAGACAAAAAACGCAGGCAAACACAACAAGGAUCGAGGUCAUUAAUUAGCAGGCACAAACUCAAAAAGUCAUCAACGGUCACACUCCCUUCAGUUCCAUAUCGCCAUGUCUCGCUGGGGACGAAAAGUUGACAAGAUCCAGAAGACACCAGAGGUGAUCCGGACAGUGACUGAGGGGCUCAAGUCACUGUACCGCAAGAAGCUGCUGCCCUUAGAACAGUAUUAUGGCUUCCACGACUUCCACUCGCCCAGCUUAGAGGAUGCAGACUUCGACAACAAACCCAUGGUGCUGGUGGUGGGGCAGUACUCUACAGGGAAGACUACCUUUAUCAGGUACCUCCUCGAGCAGGAUGUCCCAGGAAGCCGUGUGGGGCCAGAGCCCACUACUGACUGUUUCACAGCCAUCAUGCAUGGGGAGGUCGAGGGCCUCAUCCCUGGGAACGCCCUCAUCGUGGACCCCAACAAGCCAUUCCGCAAACUCAACCCCUUCGGAAACACUUUCCUCAACAGGUUCCAGUGUGCCCAGCUGCCCAAUCAGGUCCUGGAGAGCAUCAGCAUCAUCGACACACCAGGAAUCCUGUCGGGAGCCAAGCAGAGAGUGAGCAGAGGUGAGAGGAGCAGAACAGGCUAUGACUUUCCAGCUGUCCUGCGCUGGUUUGCAGAGCGGGUGGACCGCAUUAUCCUGCUGUUCGAUGCGCACAAGCUGGAGAUCUCGGACGAGUUUUCCGAGGCCAUCGGGGCGCUGCGCGGGAACGAGGACAAGCUGCGCGUGGUGCUGAACAAGGCCGACAUGGUGGGCACCCAGCAGCUGAUGCGCGUGUACGGUGCCCUCAUGUGGUCGCUGGGGAAGGUGUUCGGCACCCCCGAGGUGCUGCGAGUCUACAUUGGCUCCUUCUGGUCCGAGCCGCUCAUGGUGACAGACAACCGCCGGCUGUUCGAGCUGGAGGAGGAGGACCUGUUCGCUGAUAUCCAGAACCUUCCGCGUAACGCGGCCCUGCGCAAGCUUAACGACCUGGUCAAGAGGGCACGACUAGUGAGGGUUCAUGCCCACAUCAUCAGCUAUCUGAAGCAGGAGAUGCCUUCGGUGUUCCGCAAGGACAACAAGAAGAAGAACCUGAUCUACCAACUGCCUGUCAUCUUCUCCAAGAUUCAGCUGCAGCAAAACAUCUCCGCUGGUGAUUUUCCUGACUGUGCCAAGAUGCAGGAGCAGCUUUUGGCUCAUGACUUCACAAAGUUCAAGCCUCUCAAGCCCAACCUGAUGGCUGCCUUGGACGAGCUGCUGUCCACCGACAUCGCCAAGCUGAUGCCACUUCUGCGCCAGGAGGAGCUGGAGGCGGGCGUCCAGCCUGGGGUGCAGGGCGGAGCCUUCCUGGGGACCCGUGCGGGGCCCUUCAUGGAGGGCGACCCCUUUGCCCAAAUAGAGGAGGCCGGGGAGGGGGCCGAAGAAGGAGAAGUGGAAUGGGUGGUGACGAAGGACAAGCCCAAGUAUGACGAGAUCUUCUACAACCUCGCGCCCAACGAGGGCAAACUCAGCGGCACUAAGGCCAAAGACUGGAUGGUCAGCACACGCCUGCCGAACUCCGUGCUGGGCCGCAUCUGGAAGCUCUCGGACGUGGACCGCGACGGCAUGCUGGACGACGAGGAGUUCGCCCUGGCCAGCCACCUGAUCGAGGUCAAACUGGAGGGGCACGGCCUGCCCCCAGAGCUGCCCGCUCGCCUGGUGCCACCCUCCAAGCGUCGGCACAAAGGCUCUGAUGCAUAAACUCCACGCCUCCUGGGGGCUGCCACUGAUUCUGGCACCUGGUGAUCUCACCGCUGCCAUCCUCUCUAUAUUCCUGGGUCUGUGUGUGUCUUUCACUCUCUGUAUCUGUGUACUUUGUUAAUCUCUGCACACUGUCUAGCAGAAACAUACUACAGUCAUCUGGAACUGGUGGCCAGCCUCUUCCAAGCUCUUUGCAUUCCUUUUUUUCCACUCCCUCAUUUCCUCUGCUUCUGAAUAGACCAGCGUCUCUUCUGCCUCUGACACACAACUGAAACCCCAGACGAUGUGAUACCACCCACACUGUGCCCUCUCCUUUACACAUUCCCCUAAAGAACUAACUACCUUUCACACAGUGUGGGUGCAGAGAGGUGGCUCUGUUUAUAGAGAUGAAAUGUUAUGUCUAAUCACUGAUACAGUGUAUUAGCAGCAAUAACACUAACUCCCAUUGUGUCUGUGCCUGAGUCCACCAGCUGGCAGCCCCAUGUUUUUUAAUGUGAUUUUUCACGUCAGCCUUCUUUGUGAAGACCCAGAUGUAUAAAUGGGUUCCAGAACAUGGAAGGUGUGAAACUGUAAGCAUUGCAACUCACCUUGUGUAAGGAUUUCUGCUAAGACAAAAAAAUAAUGUGAUAUAAUAUGUAGCCAAGUGUACAUGUACUACCACUGUGUCAAUACAUUGACCGCAACACUAAGUGUGGCUUGCCCUUUUGUAACACACUGAGGACCAUGGUGCUGUACCUAAUCAGUCUACAGUGUCCUGGGUGACUGGUAACCCAACUGCACAUCCACUGAGACAGCUUCCACACCUAUAUCAUGACACAACUACACUUGUUCUUUUUUCUACAAACUACAGAAGAAGUUCUCCAUGUACUCUGAAAAAAUGUCACACAUUUAGAAACCCUGCUACUUUGCUGAGCUGGAGUGUUGCAGUCUGGACAGUUUGAAAGAUAACUGGCCAAAUGAUAAAACUUGUUACUGACUACUGUGCAAAGC